AUGGCAGUGCCAUUAGGUCAUAGACGAACUGUUUUAACAUACUGUCAUGAUAUCAAAGCUUCUGGUCAUCUAGGCUUUAAGAAAACUUUGAAUAAAAUUCGCCAAAAAUACUAUUGGCCAGGUUUGAAAAAUGAUGUAAAAAUUUACAUUGCAGGAUGCGAAAAAUGUCUUCAACGUAAAGACCCAAACAAAACUCAGAAGGCUCCAAUGAAAAUAGUCAGGUCAAGUUACCCUAUGGAAAGAAUUGCAAUAGAUAUAUUAGGUGAACUGCCAAAAACAGAACAAGGCAUUAAGUAUAUACUUGUAAUAGGUGAUUAUUUUACAAAAUGGACAGAAUGCCACGCAAUGCCAAACAUGGAAGCAAAAACAAUAGCACAAAUAUUAAUUGGAGAAGUUAUUGCAAGAUUCGGUAUACCGAACUAUAUACAUUCUGAUCAAGGAAGGCAGUUUGAAAGUCAACUAUUUAGUGAAAUGUGUCAACUUUUACAGAUAAAUAAAACACGGACGACACCAUAUCACCCGCAAUCAGACGGGAUGGUCGAAAGAUUCAAUAGAACACUUGUCACCAUGCUAAGUGCAUAUGUUAAUGAUCACCAUACAAAUUGGGAUGAACUAUUGCCAUAUGUUAUGAUGGCCUAUAGGUCUUGUGAACAUGAAACAACAGGGUUAUCUCCAAAUUUAUGCAUGUUAGGCAGAGAAACUACAUGUCCUCUAGAUAUAAUGUUUAGGCCUAGUAUUAAGCCAAUCCCAACACACCAAUGGGUUUGGGAGCUAAGAGAAAAUCUUGAGUCCGCACAUACUAUGGAAAGACAAAAUACAGGUAAGGCUAUGAGCAGACAGAAAAAGAAUCAUGACCAGAAAUUAUCUUAUGUAGUUUUCAAGGUAGGUGAUAAAGUUUAUGUAUACUUUCCUGUAAAGAAGGUAGGGCGUUCAUCAAAACUAUUGUCUUAUUGGAGAGGGCCAUAUCAGGUAAUAGAGAAACUAUCAGACGUAAUCUAUAAAGUAGAUUGUGGAAGAUCAAAGACACCGCAAGUGAUACAUUGUGACAGAAUGCGAAAAGCAAAGGAUCAGCUAUUGACUGGGGAAGAACCAAAUACGAACAAUGAUAACAUAGAAAAUGAAUCAGAAAUGGUGUUAGAGAGCUCAGAAGCUGAAAAUGUAGUUGCAGAAGAUGAAAUUGAAGAAGAGGUAAGUGAAGGUAAAAGAACCAGAAGAAAACCUGUUUGGAUGAACGAUUAUGUUCUUUCUAUUUUCAGAAACAACAUGGUUAAGACCAAGAUGACAAAAAGACUACCGGUAAUUUGCCCAUUAUGCAAUGACAUGGUGACAGCAAACGAGGAUUGCAAUCAUCAUUUGUUGAUGUGUGCUGGGAAGGGAUUCCGUUGUGAAACAUGCGGGGUAAGCUUCAAGAAAAACCAAUAUCUAAAGCAGCACAUACGUCGUAAGCAUGAGAUGAAAUCUGUGAACAAAGCAGACGCAACUCCACAGAAAAAGGAGUCAACAAAUGACGAACCCGAAUCAAGUAAAGAGGUAAUUACAGAUACAGUUAUGAUGGAAUCAGAUACUCAUGAAAAUGAAAGUAGUGACCGUGAGUGGGAUGUCGAUCCUGACAUUGAACUACUUGGCAAAAGUGAAGGCAAAGAAGUCACUGAAGAUAAUAGGUUAGUGAAUGACAUUAGAAUAGGUAGAAUAUAUAGAAAACAAACAAAUCCUAUUCCCGUGAUAACUCCUAAAAAGAGGAAGAUCUCUGAAAAGACAGAGGAAAGUUCAUUGCCGAAGAAAAAGAAAUUAAGUUCACCGGGAAACACUGAUGAAAUUAACAUGGAGGGUUACACAGGGUCAGCUAACAUAAUUCCCAGUGAAAUAACAGAGAAAAAGAAUGACAGUAAAGAUGAAAAUCUAGAAAGGCAUGAAAAGUCAGUAAGUACCAGAGACACUGAUGUUAAAGUAAAAGAUGAUAUCGUAGAUAGCCAUACUAUUGAGAAGAAAUCCGAUAGUUCAGUUCAAAAAGAAAAUGCUUGUAACACGACAAAGAGUGAUCUUGUUCAACAGAUUCAGGCAUUACGUUGUGAACAUUGUACCAUUAUAUUUGAGGACGAUGUUAUCCAUUCACUGCAUAUGGGAUGUCAUAGUUUAGAAGACCCAUUUAAAUGCAACAUUUGUGGUAACAUAUACAACAACAAGUAUGGAUUUUAUACCCACUUUAUUAGAGGUCAUAAGAAGAUAGACUUAGUUAGAACAUUAAGACAGAGUGAAUAUUAUUUUACAUUUAUACGUGCAGAUACACGUUAAGCCGUUCAGUUUUUAAAUUCGAGGUAUAUGUUUAUACUCUAUGCAGCUAAUCGUGAACAUAGUAAAAGAUAUAAGGGAG